CAUGAUAUGGUUGAAUGAUGACCGUAGACAUUUUUUUCUCUCCCUUUACCAUUUUAAAACAGAGCAAAAGAAUGGAAUAUUUCAAAAUCAUAAUGCAAUAUAUACUCAUGUCUAUUUGAACGUUCGUUGGUGUUUAUUAAUCAAUUAACUAAAAUGUAAAAGGUUCAUAUAAAUAUUCCGGUCGAUUAACCACGAUACAUCAAAUCAAAUCAAUAUAAAUCAUCAUCAUCAUUGAAUUUAAAAAAUUCAAUUACCCAUUCCUAGAUGGCGACACACAAUCGACAACCUGUUGAACGAAAAAAAAAAUUGGAAUUUCAAAAUUAAAAAACAAAAAUCAUCAAUCAAAAUCAAUGAUCUUAUUUACCCUUUUCCUACAGAAAAAUUAAAUUAAAUCCAUUUUAAAAUGUUUAAUAGAAAAAAAUAGAGAAAAAAAACAUCUGUAUUCAAACAACAAUAUUGUUGAAAUAACCAGUUGUUGGCCACAACUCAACAUCAACAUCAUCACUAUAUCUGUCCUCAAUACUGAAUGUUUUUCUUGUCUUGUUUUUGUUGUUGUUGUUGUUGUUAUCUUAUAUCGUCAAAUUGAAUAACCACAUUUUGUUGAACCAAUCCAUGUAAUAAUGAUAGUGAUGAGAUACAACAAACAUCGAUUGUAUCAAGGGAGACAUUUAUUAUUGGCCAACUAUAAAUCAAUGAUGAUGAUGAUGACGAUGGAUUCAAUACAGACCAAUGAACUACCAGAUCAUAUUCAUCAUCAUCAGCAUUUUAAUAAUCAUAAUCUUAAUGAUGAUGAUAACGAUGAUGAAGAUCAUCAUCAGAAACCACCACCACCAUAUGAAGAAAUACAACGGGAAUCAAUCAAUCAAUCACCAACAGCACAACCAAUUGAAACAUCAAGUAAAACUGCAACAACAACAACAACAACAACCACAACCACAAAAAUGGCUUCUGAAUUGUCUUUCAAACAAUUACGACAUUCACUUUCAAUUGAAAAUCCAAUGGCUGAAGUAUUUUCGAAUCCAGAAUUUGAUCAUGUUGAAUUGAAAAUUCAAGGCCAUAUUAAUCCAAUUCAUCAACAACAUGCUAAUAAUAAUGAUGAUGAUGGUGAUGGUGACCAUGUGAAUGAUCAAAAAUCGAAUAAAUGGAUCGUAUCGAUUGUUGAUGGUGUGGAAAGAAAAUCACGUCAAGUUUUUUGCCAAUGGAAACAAUGGCAACGACCUGAAGUGAUUGCUAUUCGUUUAUUCAUUUUUUUGGUCACAUUAUUAUUAUUGAUACAAAUGAUUCGUGUAUGCAUACCUAACGAUAAAACAACAACAACAAUAAUGAAUGAUGAUGAAUCGAAUAAAUCAACAAUGCCAUUGAUGAAACAGACAUCUGAAUUAAAAAUGUAUUCAGGACGGACUGGAAAAGCACUGUCUAUUUUAUCAUCAAAUCCAUCAUCAUCAACAUCAGAUUUAUUAUUAUUAUCAUCAUCAUCAUCAUCAUCAACGAUCGAUGAUGAACAUCAACAACAAGAAGGAAUCAAUGUAAUGGAAACAAAAUUAUUACAACCAGAUCAAGAUUUGAUUAACGCACAGCCAUCAUCAUCAUCAUCAACAUCAUCCAAAAGCCAUAAUGAUGGUGAUGAUGAUGAGAGAAACAAAUUUAAAUUCAACCACAUUGAUUCAAUUCAUUCACAGGAAAAUGAACCGGAUUUUUCAAGUCAAAAUAUUGAUCAUCAUGAUGAUAGCCGAAUGGAUGAACAUCCGACCGAAUUUAUUGAUGAUAAUCAUCAACAUGAUGAUGAUACAACAUUGAUUCAUUUUUCAUCAUCAUCAUCGUCGACAACAUUGAGUCAAGGAACAUCGACAUCUGAAACAACAACAAUGCCACCAUCAUCAUUGCAAUCAAGUAGCACAACGAUGACGACAAAAUUAUUGCCAAGAAUCAUGAACAAUGGUCAAAUAACGAAUUCGAAUCGGAUACAAUUUCAGCCAUCAUCAUCGUCAACAACAAUGGCACCUGUAUCAGCCAUGACGACAACGGCCAAUAAAUUGUAUAACAUAUCAAUUAUUAUACAUUCGGCAAAUGUACCAGAUAUGGAUUCCGGAUAUUUAAUGGGCCGUGCAUCCGAUACCUAUUGUAAUGUUUUCAUUGAUGAUGUAUUGGUUGGUAAAACGCCAAUCAUUGAUAAUUCCAAUAAUCCAAGCUGGCAUUAUCUAUUGCCAAGACAAUUUACAGUAAAACGUGAAACAUGGAUACGAAUCGAAUUAUUAGAUAGUGAUCAUGUCCGUAAUGAUCAUAUUGGUGGUAUUUUAUUGAAUUUCGGUGAUUUACUCAAAAAUGGUAGUAUCAAUAAACCAAUCAAUAUGUUUCAUGGUCGUGGAUAUAUUUGGGUAACAAUUUCGAGUGUUCCGGUUUCAUCUUGAUAAAGAUGAUUAUAUUUAUAAGAACCAAUUCAACAGCAGCAGCAGCAAAAACAACAACAGGAAUAGAUCAAUUUUUUUUU